GGCAAAGGAGCAGGAGCUUAAAGUAAUUCGCUUGGAAGCAGAGUUACGCGAACAAGCUUCCCACUUCCACCUCAACCAGGAAGCCAUGAUGGCCAAACUGGCCAAUGAGGAUGCCCAGAACCGACAGCUGUGUCAGCGGUUGGCCGCCCUCAGCCGACAGCUGGAUGAGCUAGAGGGGACAAGGAGCGCCCUCAAGAGGGCAGAGGAGGAGCUGCAGGAGCUGAGGGAUAGGCUAAGCCAUAGGGGAGAAGAGUGCACAACAACUUCUGGCUUGCUCUCAGAAGUGGAACAGCUGAGGAGGAGAGUGGUGGAGAUGGAAGGAAACGACAAGGAGCUGAUCCGCAUGGGAGACCAAUGCCGGGACCUAGACCGCAAACUGGGGAGGGAGUCCAGUCAGAGCCGAAGCCUGAAGGCCGAGGUGGACAAGCUGAAUGAUCGGAUCAGUGACCUGGACAGACUGGAGGAGGCUCUGGGAAAAAGCAGGCAGGAGUGCAGUGCACUGAAGGGAAGCCUGGAGAAGGAGAGGGCCAACACCAAGCAGCUGUCUGGAGAGCUGAAUACCCUCAAGGUGCGGGUGAGGGAACUGGAAGUCAUCGAGGGCCAGCUGGAAAGAUCAGAGGGGGCGUUGAGACUGGACUUUGCCAAGUUGAGAACACUCACAGUGGUGUUGGUUGAAGAGAGGAAGAACAUGGCCGAGAGAGUCAAGCAAACAGAAGAGAAACUCCAGGAGAAGAAGGAUGGGAAACUGCAGGCUGAGUGUGACAGCGUGUCGACAGCCACAGAGAAACUCAUUGAGGAGAGCCGCAAGGCACUGAGGUCUAAAGCAGAGCUAGAGGAGAAGAUUCAGAGAGUGGCAAAAGACCGGGACGAGCUGAGGUUGAGGCUGAGGGCAGAGGAGGAAAGGAGCGGGGGUCUGCAGAGCAAAGUUAGCACCAUGAAAAAGAUAAUUCAGGUCCUGGAGGUUAAAGGGGGAGAGUUCUGUCGAGAAGUCAAGAUCCCCCUGCUGGACAACACUAACCACUGCUACCAACAAGAAGAGAAUAAAGUCAAAGAACUCACCCAGGAGGUAGACAGACUGAGCAGGAGACUCAUGCAGAAGGGAGUGGUGGAGGGUGAGCUGAUGAAGGCCGAGGAGGACUUUGAUUCCCUAGAGAUGAGGUGGUUCAAGGAGCAGGAGAGAGCCAGGGCCCUGGCAGUGGAGCUGGAGGAGUCCAGGAAGGAGGUCUCUAAGUACCAGCUGGCAGAGAAGAAGGAGAAAAACCAGGAGCACCUCCUCCUCAGUCGACUUCAGGAGGAGCAGGUCAGGGCUGUCCUCCUCAAAAGGGAGGUGGAGGCUCUCAAGGAGAAGGUCCAGAGGCUGAUGGGGACAGAGGAGUCCAUCUGUCGAGUGCAAAUGGACAGCUCUACCCUGCAGAAGAGGCUGACCCAGCAGGAGGUCAGGAACAGGGAGCUGGCCAGAGAGAUGGAGGGACUGACCCAUGAGCUGGACAGGUACCGGCGAGUCAGCAAGAGCCUCCGGCCCGGCAUGACUGGUCGACGCUUCUUAGACCUCCACCUGUCCACCAAGGAGGUGCAGACGGAGCCCACAGACACCCUGCCACCUGACUACAAGAGCCUGACUCCGCUGGCUCUCAGCUGUAAACUGUAUGAGGAGAUCGAUGGAGAGGACCCAAAUCAAAACGAGGAUCUUGACCUUAAGUGCAACUCGCCUCCGCUAACAAGCAUUGAAAGCUUGAACCACCAAAACAGUAAUGUGAGGCCAUUCAGCAAACUUUCACCUAACGACAAGGACAACCCCCAUACCAUUAACGGCAAAUUGUUACAGGGUAACUUUGUCCAGAAAGGAGAUGUGACGCUUGCACACACCCCGGGGCAGUCCUUACACAUCAAGGUAACGCCGGACCAUGGGCACAACACGGCCACACUGGAGAUCAGCAGCCCCACUGCCGACAAUACCACAUCCUAUACCAGCACCGCAGUUAUCCCCACCAGCGGAGCCCCACCAAAACAGAGAUUCACCAUCAUGCCAAACGCUGCCAUCUCCCCAGCGGCCAGAACAAAGAGCUCCCUGCCCCCAGAGGGAUUUGGCAGCCCUGAAAGAGCCCUCUCCCCUCUCACCAUGACCCCCAUCACUGUAAACUCCCCAGACUCCUCCAGGUCAGCGUCACCUGACUACACCGGCUCUCCCAACCAGAUGGUAACAGUCAGUACUGGAUCGCUUGAAUCCAGUGAGGUCAUAGGUCAAGCCAUGUUUCGUGUGAGCCCGGAGAGGCGGAACGGUUGGCAGCUCCAGAGGUCUAACAGCACUGGUCCCAGCGUCAUCACCACAGAGGACAACAAGAUCCACAUCCAUCUUGGGAGCCCCUAUAUCCAGUCGAUUAAUGGUAUAACUCAGAGCCAGGGACCAUAUCACACCCCCGGACAGGAACCAAGGACGCCAGUACUGACCAAUGGCUGCCACAUCAAAGGCGGCAGCAAGAUCACCAGUAGCAUCACCAUAACCCCUGCCAACACCCCUGCCGCACGACCCUCAUACAUUACAGUAAGUUGCCCUUAUGAUUGAAACGCCCACCUCCAUCCAGCCUCGAGUGACCUAGCUUCCCUUACCCAACCCUGAGUCCCUUUCACCGGAAAAGCAACAGAGCAUCAGCCCUAACCAGCCUGUCUGAACAGCCACAUCAUCAUCAUAAGUGUAUUGUUACAUAACUAUGUGCAUGAGAAAGCACUUAUCUAAUCCUGUCUGAACUCACACCUGCACUGAAUGUGAAAUGGUCACCUAAAUCUAUUCAAGACUACUACUUACAAAUAUAGCCUCCCACAUUUCUGACAUGUGCAUUUAAUAAUUCCCUAUACCUUGUUACAUUUAACCAUUAAAAACAGUUUGGUUUCUUU